UCGUUCUUAUUUUAGAUCGCCGUCAUAAGAGAUAGGUAGUGGGAGCUAAGUGCUAAAGACAAAAGACAACCGACUUCAUUAUUGUAUUAUUGAUCUUUAGAUCAAGUGUUUUGUGAGUUCAACAGUAUUGUUUGUAGAUAGUUAUCAAGACAUAUCAUAUCAAAAUGAUUAAAUUGUUCUCUCUAAAACAACAGAAAAAAGACGGAGAAGGCACCCCAGAGAAAGGAAAAAGAGCUUCUGCUGCACAGCUGAGAAUCCAAAAAGACAUUAAUGAGCUGAAUCUCCCAAAAACAUGCCAAGUGGAUUUUCCAGAUCCGGAUGAUUUGUUGAAUUUCAAAGUCGUCAUUUCGCCUGACGAGGAGUUUUAUCGUGGUGGUCGCUUUGUGUUCAGCUUUAAGGUUGGUCAAGGUUAUCCGCAUGACCCUCCCAAAGUAAAGUGUGAGACUAUGGUUUACCACCCAAACAUUGACCUGGAAGGAAACGUCUGCCUCAACAUUCUCAGGGAGGACUGGAAACCUGUGUUGACUAUCAACUCAAUUGUGUACGGCCUCCAGUAUUUGUUCUUGGAACCGAAUCCUGAGGAUCCUUUGAACAAGGAAGCUGCCGAGGUGUUACAGACAAACCGACGGCUGUUUGAGCAGAACGUGGCAAAGUCCAUGAGAGGAGGCCAUAUAGGAAAUGUCUAUUUUGAGAGAUGUCUCAAAUGAUUACUGCUUGACGUGUCUGUGUUAGUUUGAGUAUUCUUUAUGAGCAAUUCCUUAAUGAAACAGUGGUUUGUAAUGGAACAUGAUGGACGCAUUUUUUUUUUCAUCCUGUCGAUGAUGGUUGCUGUGAGUCAUGUCCUUUUCUGCUUGGUUCUUAGCCUUAAUCAUACUCUUAAUAUAUAGAAAUGGAAAGAAUAUCGAUAUAAUCGAAGGGAACUGAGAGUAAGCGUUUCCGUGAAAGAAAUCAUCUUUUGCUGUGUCAGAGUUUAUUUUUUACACCAAGAGUAACAGGCAGUGAGAUACUAAGCACUGCCCUGUCAGGGUUUAUUAUUACACAUGGCUCUUUAGUUUUGCUGCAAGGUACAAGUGUUGUUCGGAAGGUAAAGUGAAAAUGGCCACAGAAUCUGUAACUUUAUUGCGAUAAAAAUUAAAACUUUCACGUGAGAUGCUUACAUUAUGGAGAUACUUUUUUUGUGUAGUUGCCUUCAAAAUUUAAUGAAGUUUUUCCCCCAACAAUACAUGAAAAAAUAGAUGCCCCUUUUACAAAAAUCCACGUCAAGAUUUUGAUGCCAAGUUUUCAUUUUGUUGAUUAAGUAUUCAUCUUUGCAAAGUUUUUGCCGGCUAUCUUUUGAAGGUUUGAGAGAGAAGGUGGUCAGAACGGGCCAGAUCAGGACUACAAGGAGGGUGUAGCAAAACCUCCCAAAUCUGCUUUUGAAUCCACUGUUUGGUCAUGUUUGCGAUAUGUGGGGUGGUGUUGUCUUGCUGCACAGUGACUCCUUUGCUCAAUCGUCCCAAUCUCUUCUGUGUCACUGCUUCUCUCAGUUUGUGAGUUUCACAGUCGCAGUCAUUGUGGACAGUUUGACCUUGUGGUACAAAGUCUACUUGCAGAACUUUUUUUAAAUGUCCCUGAACACUGUUCUUGCUAUCUAUGUCGAACUGAAGGGUGCACUUUGAAAUUUUUGGUUGGAGGAAUGAUGGAUGUUUUUAGAGUCAUUGAGUCUCUAUUAUUUGUUUCUGGUUUCAUGUAAUGAAACCAUGCCUCAUCACUUGUGAUAAUGCAUUCAAGAAAGUUUCUGUUACCCCUACAGAAAUCAACAUCUGUCCCUUCAGCAUUGUCACCACACCACCACUCAUGCAUCGUUCCAGAAGUGUCUUGGAUGCCUGCACAUACUUCACUUUCUGCUCUUCUGUCAGUUGUUUAGGGACCUCAUUGAGAUGGUAGUUUGUGAUAUCCCAGAUGGAUUAUCAUAUUCUGAACUGCAGUUUAUGGGAAAUCUAGUGACAAGGCAAUAUCAUGCGUUUGAAUACUGUCCAAAGUCAAGGAUAUGUACAUCAAUCUAAUUCAUGUUGCUUUGUGACAUUGAAAUUCGUCCUUCAAGUUUUACCACGUUUCUCUGAACAAAUUGCAACAGUAAUAUACCUGUUUUUUCACUCUUGCCAUCAUUGCCAUAUAUAGGGCCACUGAUUCAGAGUAAAUUUUCAGAUGGAUUGUUCCCUUUUGCACUAAAAAAACAAACAACAGCUCGAACUUCAAUCUUUGAUCAUUCCUAAAUGGUGGCCUUUGUGUUUGUUGUGUUAUUACAAGAUACAUUCAUUUAUGAUGCCAUGAAUGAGGUAGUUGGUGCGUGUAACGUUUUUCUGCAAUAUGUUUUCCUUUUUAAGAUUUAGAAGAAUUGAUUAGUCUUUGAUCUUUUUUUUCCCACCUUACUUUCCGAACAACACUUGUGUGUAUGAAGUGUGACUUGAAUUUUUUACGCUAUUUUGGCCCUUCGUGUUGUAUGGAUGUGUGCGCAGGUGUAUUUGUGUGCUUAUGGUUGAAUGUGCAUGUGUGAGACUGUUUGUGAACUAGUUGUGUCAUGACUGGUCUUGAUUUUUGUCUCUUAAAUUUCAAAUUGCCCUUAUUCUGCCCUUUGUCAUGACAUUAUGUUUCGUCCCUGGGAUAAAAUUAAAAAAUGCAUACAAUAAUUAUAGAA